AUGCUGCAAUCUCUUCGUAUAUCAAGGUUAGGAAGCGGUAAAGAGACUACUUUUAUCUUGGGUGAUGCUACACGCACCAAACUUCCUACACCUCCAUUCAGUGCUAUUAGAUCCACUGCAUUGCAGACAUUAAAAUUUUGUAAAAUGAGAGAAACAUCAAGUGUUAUAUCUAAAAAUUCUCUUGCUCUUGCAAAACCUCAAAAGGACUAUUUAGGCAAUGCAAAGUACUACAAUGAA